AUGCCUGGCCCCGGGGGAGGUAGUUUGAUUUCCAUCGCGUCGGCUGCUUUGGAGAUUGAAACUCGUUUGACAGUGGAAGUCGUUUCGUUAUUGCAGCUUGGUAGCGCGCUGUCCGCGUUGCACAGAGAGCGAGGGUUUCCUGUCACUGGGCGCGUAACUGCUUUGUUCAUUAGCCCCACGAGAGCAGGGCAAUGGGGGGUGAUCGUCGGCGCCGGCCCACACGGCUUGCGUCCUCUCUACAAACACGUGUGUGUGUGUGUGUGUGUGUGUGUGUGUGAAGGGAGAGGAAGGUAA